CUUCCUCGAUGAGCUGUCUCCUGUGGCGCGGACUUCGUCUUCCCCUCGGAGCUUUUCUCUCACCAAACCACCCUUUGCAAUACUUGUACUCGCCUCGAUUCCUCCUCAAUUAGAGUCACCAUUAAGUACUCGCAUCGCAUCCCCUCCCUUGCUUCGAUCCGUAGCUGAUUGGUUCCAUUCAUUCAUAUUCAUACGGUGACUGCAAGAAGAAGAAGAGCGAAGUACACACGCCAUUGCCAUUGCUUGCUCCGAUCUCUCUUCCUCCUCGAGCUUGCUUCGAGUGGUGGUGGUAUACAUGAUCAAGCAGUGACCCCGACUGCCUGACGAGUGAGAAUCGAAGGGCGCGCCGCCAUGGCUUCCAACGGCGGCGGCGGCGGGUUGCGUCACAGCAACAGCAGCCGCCUCUCGCGCAUGUCCUACUCCGGCGAUGAGGGCCGCGCUCAGGCUCCCGGUGGCGGCGGCGGCGGCGGCGGCGACAGGCCGAUGGUGACGUUCGCCCGCCGCACCCACUCCGGGCGCUACGUGAGCUACUCCCGCGACGACCUCGACAGCGAGGUCGGCAACAGCGGCGACUUCUCGCCGGACAGGCAGGAGUUCCUCAACUACCACGUGACCAUCCCGGCGACCCCGGACAACCAGCCGAUGGAGGUGGCCAUGGACCCGGCCAUCUCCGCCCGCGUCGAGGAGCAGUACGUCUCCAACUCGCUCUUCACCGGCGGCUUCAACAGCGUCACCCGCGCCCACCUCAUGGACAAGGUCAUCGAGUCGGAGGCCAGCCACCCGCAGAUGGCCGGCGCCAAGGGCUCCUCCUGCGCCAUCAACGGCUGCGACGGCAAGGUCAUGAGCGACGAGCGCGGCGAGGACAUCCUCCCCUGCGAGUGCGACUUCAAGAUCUGCGCCGAGUGCUUCGGCGACGCCGUCAAGAACGGCGGCGUCUGCCCCGGCUGCAAGGAGCCUUACAAGGCCACGGAGCUUGACGACCUGGUCGGUAGCGCCGCCGCCGCCGCCGCCGGCGGCAGGCCGACGCUGUCGCUGCCUCCACCGCCCGGCGGCUUGCCGGCGGCGUCGAGGAUGGAGAGGCGGCUGUCGAUAAUGCGGUCGCAGAAGGCCAUGACCAGGAGCCAGACCGGCGAUUGGGAUCACAACCGGUGGCUGUUCGAGACCAAAGGAACAUACGGGUAUGGCAAUGCAAUCUGGCCCAAGGAGAACGAGGUCGACAAUGGCGGCGGCGGCGGCGGCGGCGGGCUGGGUGGAGGCGACAGCCAGCCGGCAGAGUUCACGAGCAAGCCAUGGAGGCCGCUCACUCGGAAGCUCAAGAUUCCUGCUGGUGUGCUUAGCCCAUACAGGCUUCUUAUUCUUAUCCGCAUGGCUGUUCUUGGUCUGUUCCUUGCAUGGAGAAUUAAGCACAAGAAUGAGGAUGCAAUGUGGCUGUGGGGCAUGUCUGUUAUUUGUGAACUCUGGUUUGGGCUCUCUUGGCUCUUGGAUCAGCUGCCAAAGUUGUGCCCUGUUAACCGAGCAACUGACCUUGCUGUACUGAAAGAUAAAUUUGAGACCCCGACGCCAUCGAACCCUAACGGAAGAUCUGAUCUGCCAGGACUUGAUAUAUUUGUGUCUACUGCUGAUCCAGAUAAAGAACCCCCAUUGGUCACAGCAAAUACUAUUCUGUCUAUCCUUGCUGCUGAUUAUCCUGUUGAGAAGCUUUCUUGCUAUGUUUCUGAUGAUGGAGGCGCUCUCCUGACAUUUGAAGCAAUGGCUGAAGCCGCUAGCUUUGCUAACAUGUGGGUCCCCUUUUGUCGCAAACAUGACAUUGAGCCUCGCAACCCUGAGAGCUACUUUAAUCUCAAGAGGGACCCAUACAAGAACAAGGUUCGCUCUGAUUUUGUCAAGGACAGAAGAAGGGUGAAGAGGGAGUAUGACGAGUUCAAGGUCAGGAUUAAUGGCUUACCUGAUUCAAUCCGCCGCCGCUCCGAUGCAUAUCAUGCCAGAGAAGAAAUCAAGGCCAUGAAGCGGCAGCGAGAGGCUGCUCUUGAUGACGUGGUGGAGGCGGUUAAAAUCGCUAAAGCUACCUGGAUGGCUGAUGGCACACAUUGGCCAGGUACCUGGAUUCAGCCCUCUGCUGAGCAUGCUCGGGGUGACCAUGCUGGAAUAAUCCAGGUAAUGCUGAAACCUCCUAGUGAUGAUCCCUUGUAUGGGAGCAGUGGUGAAGAAGGCAGACCUCUUGAUUUCACCGAAGUUGACAUCCGUUUGCCAAUGUUGGUCUAUGUGUCCCGAGAGAAGCGUCCUGGUUAUGAUCACAACAAGAAGGCUGGUGCGAUGAAUGCCUUGGUCCGCUCAUCUGCUGUCAUGUCAAAUGGACCUUUCAUCCUUAACCUUGAUUGUGAUCACUAUGUUUACAACUCACAAGCUUUCCGUGAAGGCAUGUGCUUCAUGAUGGAUCGUGGUGGUGACCGUAUUGGCUAUGUCCAGUUCCCACAACGGUUUGAGGGCAUUGAUCCAUCAGAUCGAUAUGCUAACCACAACACUGUCUUCUUUGAUGUCAACAUGCGUGCACUAGAUGGUAUCAUGGGACCAGUCUACGUUGGCACUGGAUGCCUUUUCCGUCGCAUUGCUUUAUAUGGUUUUGACCCACCACGCUCCAAGGAACAUAGUGGUUGCUGCAGCUGUUGUUUCCCUCAGAGGCGCAAGGUCAAAACUUCAACAAUUGCAUCUGAAGAGAGACAGGCUUUGAGAAUGGCAGACUUUGAUGAUGAGGAAAUGAACAUGUCACAAUUUCCCAAGAAGUUCGGUAACUCAAACUUCCUCAUCAACUCUAUUCCGAUUGCUGAAUUCCAAGGGAGACCUCUUGCUGACCAUCCUGGAGUUAAAAAUGGACGUCCUCCUGGUGCACUCACUGUCCCUCGCGACCUUCUUGAUGCUUCCACAGUUGCCGAAGCUAUCAGUGUCAUCUCAUGCUGGUACGAAGAUAAGACCGAGUGGGGUCAGCGUGUUGGAUGGAUCUAUGGUUCAGUCACAGAGGAUGUGGUAACUGGUUACAGGAUGCACAACCGUGGAUGGAAAUCAGUUUACUGUGUCACCAAACGUGAUGCUUUUCGUGGCACUGCACCAAUCAACCUUACUGACCGUCUCCAUCAGGUGCUGCGGUGGGCUACUGGUUCAGUCGAAAUCUUCUUCUCCCGCAACAAUGCACUACUUGCAAGCCGAAAGAUGAAGUUUCUUCAGAGGAUUGCGUACCUGAACGUUGGUAUAUACCCCUUCACUUCAAUCUUCCUCAUUGUCUACUGCUUCCUGCCAGCAUUGUCCCUCUUCUCUGGGCAGUUCAUUGUGCGGACGCUAAAUGUGGCAUUCCUGACCUAUCUGCUUGUCAUCACUCUAACAAUGUGCAUGCUUGCGGUGCUCGAGAUCAAGUGGUCAGGUAUCAGUUUGGAGGAAUGGUGGAGGAAUGAGCAGUUCUGGCUUAUCGGAGGAACUAGUGCCCACCUUGCUGCCGUGCUCCAGGGUCUUCUCAAGGUGAUUGCUGGUAUCGAGAUCUCCUUCACGCUGACAUCCAAAUCUGGAGGAGAUGAAGCAGACGACGAUUUUGCUGAUCUCUACAUCGUCAAGUGGACGUCGCUCAUGAUCCCACCAAUUGUCAUCAUGAUGGUGAACCUGAUUGCUAUCGCUGUUGGGUUCAGCAGGACAAUAUACAGCGAAAUCCCUCAGUGGAGCAAGCUCCUGGGUGGUGUGUUCUUCAGCUUCUGGGUGCUGGCUCACCUGUACCCAUUUGCCAAGGGGCUGAUGGGAAGGAGAGGGCGGACACCGACCAUCGUCUUCGUCUGGUCUGGCCUCCUCGCCAUCACCAUCUCAUUGCUGUGGGUGGCCAUCAACCCGCCGUCGCAGAACUCGCAGAUAGGCGGCUCCUUCACAUUCCCCUGAACUCCCUCCUGAACCAUUUUGUAUGAUGAAUGAAUUAUAUCACUGGUUCCACCAGCAUUUGUCCUCUGUGCUGUUGUAGAGUAAAUUCUGACUGUUUUCCCAAUGUUUACUUAGGUCUUUGAUUUUCUUUUUUGUUCAAAGAUGAUACUAUGAUGAAUGAUGAUAGUUCUUUUGUUCGUUUGUUCUUGUUCCAAUAUAUGAGGAGAGGUUCUGUUUGGACCUGGACAUCAA